UCAUUCAUUUGUUUAGAUAUUUAGGAAUGUAUGAUACUCCUCAUUCUAAGGACAAAUCUUAAGCUAUCGAGGUGUUUUUUGUUGUAUGCAAAAAGUGUUAAGUCUGUCUGUUAGGGGAUCUUGGUACGUGAGCUAUGCCGACCAUAGAAGUUAAGAAGGAUCUUCUUUUCAAGGCUUUGGGAAGGAGAUAUUCAUUUGAAGAAUUUGAUGAGUUAGGUUUUGAGUUCGGGUUAGAAGCAGAAGAACCGGAAGAAGAAGAAAUACUACAGAAUCCUGAUCUUGCUAAUGUCUGGAAAAUUGAUAUUCCUGCUAACAGAUAUGAUUUACUAUGUAUUGAAGGGCUGUCAAGAGCUUUGUUGGUUUUCCUUGAAAAGAAGCAGUGUCCAAGAUAUAAAACUGUCAAACCACAAAAAUUACAGCAAAUGAAAAUUCUACCAGCCACCCAGCAAGUCAGACCAUAUGGAGUUGCAGCUGUUCUUAGGAACAUUAAGUUUACUCCAGACAGUUAUAAAAGUUUCAUUGAACUACAGGAUAAGUUACAUCAUAAUCUGUGUCGGAGAAGGACAUUGGUUGCUAUAGGAACCCAUGACCUUGACACAAUUCAAGGCCCGUUUAUCUAUGAUGCCAAGCCACCAGCAAACAUCAAAUUCAAACCUCUGAGUCAAACAAAAGAAUUCACUGCUCCAGAAAUGAUGGAAAUGUAUUCUUUAGAUAGUCACUUGAAGCCAUACCUUCCAAUCAUCAGAGAAAAGCCAGUCUACCCUGUUAUUUAUGACAGGAACAAUGUUGUUCUGUCCAUGCCACCUAUUAUAAACGGUGACCACAGUAAGAUUACACUGGACACCAGAAAUGUCUUCAUAGAAUCUACAGCAACAGAUUUAAACAAAGCUAAAAUUGUCUUAGAUACACUGGUGACAAUGUUCAGUGAAUAUUGUGAUCAACCAUUCACAGUAGAACCAGUAGAGGUUACACAUUCUGAUGGCUCAGUACACGUGUACCCAGAAUUGCCCUACAGAUAUGAAGAGGUUGAUGUAGAAGAUGUCAACAAAAAAGUAGGAAUAAGUAUUUCAGCAGAGACUAUGUCCAAUCUUCUGACUAAAAUGUGUUUGAGAUCUGAAGUAUUACAAGGAGGAAAGAUCAAAGUAGAGAUCCCACCAACCAGACAUGAUGUGAUUCACCCAUGUGAUGUGAUAGAAGAUGUUGCUAUAGCUUAUGGAUACAACAAAAUUGUAAAGAAAAUACCAGCUACAAGUACUAUUGCUGAUCAGUUUCCUGUAAACAAACUGACAGAUCUCCUUAGACAGGAAGUAGCUUGUGCAGGAUUUACUGAAGUAUUAACUUUUGCCCUGUGCUCCAGAGAUGAUGUUGCAUCUAAAAUGAGGAAGAACAUUAAAGAUUCAAAUGCAGUACAUAUAGCUAAUCCUAAAACACUAGAAUUUCAGAUAGGAAGAACCACAUUACUUCCCGGUGUUCUGAAGACUAUAUGUAACAACAAGAAUAUGCCACUACCACUGAAACUCUUCGAGAUUUCUGAUGUUAUGUUCUGUGAUAAAACUAAAGAUGUUGGAGCAAGAAAUGAAAGACGUUUAUGUGCAGUAAACUAUAACAAAUCUUCAGGGUUUGAAGUCAUGAAAGGUCUCCUAGACAGAGUGAUGCAGCUGUUGGAAGUCCCUAUUGUCCAAUCAGAACAAGGCUAUUAUAUAAAGUCAUGUAAAGAUGCAACAUACUUUGAAGGGCGAUGUGCCGAGAUAAUAUUUAACAAUUCUGUGAUUGGUAAAAUUGGAGUUCUUCAUCCUGAUGUUCUAAAGGAAUUUGAAUUAACCAACCCCUGUUCAUGUAUGGAGUUUUCUAUAGAACCAUUCCUGUGAAGUGUCAUGAACAGCCAUUAACUGAUUUAAUGAGAAUAUUUUUGUUUCAAAUGUUAUUAGAGCUUCAUUUUGAAAAAAAAAACUAUCUUAGAAAGUGUCACAAACAUUCUUCGUCAGCAAAAUUAGUAUACAUAAUAUCUUUUCUAUAGACGUUUCUUUAUUUUCAUUUAUGUCAACUUUUUAAUGACAUGUAUUAAUAUGUUGCACUCAAAUGAUUUGAAGCAGAUCUGUAUAAAAUCACAUACGUUGUAUUCAGAAACUAAUGCCUAAAAAGGUGUCAAGUUGAAUAUCAAAAUAUAAGUUUGCUCCAAUCAUAAUUAUUGCUAGCAAUAUUUCAUAACUGGAAGCAUUGUAUUAAUUAAUUUUACAUUAUUGUUAGCUGCUGAAGAAUCAGCAUAACAAAGGCAUGCACUAAUUCUAGAAUUACAGUAUAUAAUGAGAGAGGGAGAACUGACUGUUACAGUAUAAGGGUUAAAUAAAUUCUUCAAUAAAAGUCUAACUUAGUACCAGAGGAGACACUAGUACUGCCACUAUAUAUAGUUCCAGAGGAGACAUGAAUUUUUGACUAUAUUUAUUGUAUAGAAAGCACAUGUUUAAUUUAUAUUCAGCACGAAUGCUCAGAACAGAAAUUUUAAAUCUAAUAUUGCUUCUUUAGAAUGAACACUAGAAUUAGACUACCUAAUAAAAAAAAGCUAUAGCAUAAAAAAGUUCAAAUAUUUUACAGAAAGCUGUUUGCUUAUUUAUUCAACACUUACUGGUAUACACCAUAUCUCAUUUAUUUAUAUGUUAAUGACAAAUUUAUUGACAGUUAACUUCAAUAUAUCAAUAAUAUUGUAGGGAAAAGUUGGAAAAUAUUUGACCAUAGGAAUAUGUGUUCCUUGGACAUAUUUUUUGUUAACUAACAUCAAUGUCAUAACGUCAAUGAUUUGUACCAAACAUUUUUCAAAUAAACUUUUAUGUAUGUGUA